AUGCACUGGAACGCCAAGAACAAUGGCAAGUCCAUCCCGCUCGCCGUGGAAGCCUCGGGCCCCGCGGCGCGCGGGUGGUUCUCCGUCGCGUUCUCCUUCAGCGGGCUCAUGGCGCCGUCCGACGCGGUCGUCGGGAACCCGGGAAACGCCGUCUCCGCGUACCACGUCGCGAGCUACUCUUCCGUCGCGCCCGCGCGCGGGAUCAACCUCGGCGCCAAGAGCUGCGCGACGAGCGGCGGGAAAACCGUGAUGAAAUUUACGCGAGGCGUGGGCGACGGAGGGUCGGUUCCGGUGCGCGUGAAGGGCGUGAAUAAGAUCAUAUGGGGAUACUCGAACAAUGGCGGCAAAUCUGUAGCCUACCACGGAGCCAACAUCGGAAGCACGCAGGUGGAUUUCUCCUGCGACGGCUCGUCACCCGUCAAGCCGACGCCUAGCCCGCCAGUCAAGAAGCCGCCGCCCGUGCCCGUGGUGCCGCCGUCCAAGCGCUCCAAGCUCUGCCCCUGGUCGACGCUCCCGGGCUUCACCUACAUGCUCCAGCUCAAACCCCUCCUGCUGGUGCACUGGCGGCAGGUGAACCCGAACGUGAUCGAGAUAGCCAUGGAGGCCAAGCCCGGCAGCGGCGCCAACAACGGCUGGCUGUCCCUCGCCUGGACCAGAAACGGAAGGAUGGCGCCUGCUGACGCGGUCAUCGGUAACCGCAUGGGCGGCACGCUCGGCAGCUACCUCAUCACGGGCUACACCAUGCAGUCGCUGAAGCCCGCCGGGUUCUCCCUGGGGUUAUACCCUACCGUGUUCAAGAGGGCAACCGGGUCCACUGUUAUGAUGUUCCGGCGCGGCGCCAGCGGCGGCACUAUUCCUGUGAAGCCGAGUGGUCUGAACAACCUCAUCUGGGCGCACUCCCCCUCCAACAGCAAGACGCUGGCUUUCCAUGGUAGCAGCGUUGGGCGGGCAACCAUCGACUUCUCUUGCAAAGUGGCCCCUGUCUCAAGUGUUCCAGAAGAUCAGGCGAACCACCCUACGAUGCCCCGACGAGGUUUCCACACUGGAAGGCGAACACUGACUAUGGUCACAGCUAGCGCUAACGGCAGAAAAGCGUUUCUCGUUGACACGCUCGCACUUGUGAGAAGAUUAGAGGCAGAAGGGUUGACGGCAAAGCAGUCCGAGGCUAUCACGCAUCUCAUCACAGAAGUUCUCCAUGAGAGCCUCGAUACAGCCGCGCACACUUUCGUCUCAAAGUCAGAAAUGCAAAAGUCGGAGAUGGUGGCAGAGGCAGCCAUGGCGAAGGUCAAGACAGAAAUUCAAAGCCUCCAGGAUUUGAAGUUUGCUGGAUUGACCCGGGAGGUUGAAGGGCUCAAGACGGAUUUGGACAAAGUAAAGAAUGAAAUACGGUACGAGGUGGAUAAGGUGACAGCAGGACAACGUCUUGAUCUGAACUUGGAAAGAGGGAGAAUAAAAGAAGAGAUCACAGCUCAGACUCAGGAGCUCAGCAGCUUGUCCAACAAGAUGGAUAGGGAGGUGAACACAUUGAAGGCAGAGUUAGAAGGCGCCAAGUUUGAGAUUAUCAGAUACUGCAUAGGUACCCUAGUUUCAGUCAGUGCUAUUGGGCUAGGUAUUCUUCGCCUGGUCCUGUAA